GCCACUUGAGUUUCGUUGUGGUCGCAUGCGUGCGUAUGUGAAUUUAUCGUCAAAAUAAACCGGUAUACAAAUCAAAUGAUUUUAAAAAUAAUCUCCUAAAAAGUCUAAAGUUUUUGUAACAAAAAGGACCACAAUAACAAUUGACUCGUUUUUGUUCUUUCUUUACAUUAUAAUUAUGCGAAAUUAAAACAAUUUAUCAUUGUGCGGAGUCAAUGUCAACAUUUGUGAACAAAAUGAAUGUUUCGGAGGUUCCUUUAGGGAUCAAUCGGCUCGUGCUUCUUGACGGGGUAUGCGUGAGGCAGAAGUGCACAUUCCUUUCUGGCAAUCAGUACAUGGUGGUAGAUCCGAAUGGGGAGCCACUGUUCCGCGCCAAGGAGUCGGGCGGGGCCACUCUGUUGAUGGGCAAGGAUCGCAGCUUCGAUAUCACUAUGACCGAUAUGCAGGACAAUAAGGUGAUUACACUUCGUAGACCGUACACAUUCGGGCCUGACAAAAUGGAGGUGACAGUGGGCAAGCAGCUGGCCAGCGUGGUGCGGCAGCAGAUGACCUUCUUGAAGCCGGUGCUCAACAUCAAUGACCCUCGGGACCAGCUCGUGUUGAGGGUUAAGGGGCGCGCGGUCACUUCUGGGGAGUGUGACUUUGAGAUCUUAUGCCCGAACAAGCAGCGUGUAGGAGUUAUUCGCAAGCUCUGGGGUGGAACGACUCGGGAGUUGCUUACUAACAAGGACUCUUUCAAGAUACAAUUCCCAGCGGAUUUGGACGUCCGCUACAAGGCUGCACUCAUAGGAACAUGUUUAUUAAUUGAUUUCCUCUAUUACAAUGCUUGAUGCAGCACCAGAGAAGAUGAAGGAAUAAGGAAGAUGUCUUGGCGACUUUGGCACAAUCCCACUUAUUAUGUACAAGCCAUUUUUUCACAUUAGAUUAGAAUACAUAUUAUUUUUCAUA